CCCCCCGGCCCACGUGUGCCGCGCCGUGCCGUGCCGCGCCGUGCCGUGCCGCGCCGGCUCCCCGCUGCAGUCCCGGUGCGGCGGCGGGCGCUGCGGCAUGGCGGCGGCGGGCCCGGGGCGCGGCGGCGGCUGGGGCCGGAGCCGUGGCGCCGUGCUGCUGCUCUUCUUCUCGCUGUCGCCGCGGCCGCCGGCCGGGGCCGCCUGGCUGCUGGGGCUGCGGCCCGAGGACACGGCGCCGGGCCGGGUGUCCCUGGAGGGCGGCGCGGUGCAGGCGGCCGAGGGCAGCCGCUUCUUGCUGCGCCUCUACUUCCAGCCGCCCCCCGAGGGCAACGGCAGCCGCGGGCCGGCGGGCGAGCGGGAGCCGCGGCUGGUCUUCAUCGAGGAGGCGGCGGCGGCGCCGGGGGGCAAGGCGGCGGCGGGGGCGGCGGCGGCGGGGGGGGCGCGGGGCCCGGCGGAGCGGUGCCGGGAGCGCAGCGCCUGGGCCUCGGACGUGGAGGUGGUGGGGCCGCUGCGCUCGGGGGGCGCGGCGGGCUCGGCGCUGGCCGAGGUGCGGGUGCGGGAGCCCCGCAAGGGCGAGGCGGCGGCGGCGGCGCCGGGCGGGCGGCUCUUCUCGCUGUGCGCCUGGGACGGGCGCGCCUGGGCGCACCACGGGGCGGCGGGGGGCUUCUUGCUGCGGGUACGGCCGGCAGCCCCCGCGCUGGGCGCCUGGCUGCUGCCGCUGCCCGAGGCCGGCUGGCUGCGGGCGCUGGGCGCCCUGCUGCUGCUGGGGCUGUCGGCGCUGUUCAGCGGGCUGCGGCUCUCGCUGCUGUCGCUGGACCCGCUGGAGCUCCGCGUCCUGCGCAACAGCGGCUCGGCCGCCGAGCGGGAGCAGGCGCGGCGGGUGCAGGCGGUGCGCGGCGGCGGCGGCACCUACCUGCUGUGCACGCUGCUGCUGGGCCAGGCCGGGGCCAACGCGGCGCUGGCCGGCUGGCUCUGCGCCUCGCUGCCCGGCGGAGGGCCGGCGGCGGCGGCCGGAGGGCCGCGGGGAGCGCCCUGGCUGCCGGUGCUGCUGUGCGCCGCCGCCGUCUUCCUGGGCGGCGAGGUGCUGCCCUACUCGGUGUGCUCGCGGCACGGGCUGGCCAUCGCGUCGCGCACCCUGUGCCUCACCCGGCUGCUGAUGCUGGCCGCCUUCCCCCUCUGCUACCCGCUCAGCCGGCUGCUGGACUGGGCGCUGCGGCAGGAGCUGAGCGUCUUCUCCACGCGGGAGCGGCUGUUGGAGACGCUGCGCGCCGCCGGCCCCCACGGCGACCUGGUGCGGGAGGAGUUGGCCAUGGUGCAGGGCGCGCUGGAGCUGCGCACCAAGGUGGUGGAGGACGUGCUGACGCCGCUGGCCGACUGCUUCAUGCUCCGCGCCGACGCCGUGCUCGACUUUGCCACCGUCUCCGAGAUCCUCCGCUCCGGCUACACCCGCAUCCCCGUCUACGAGGGCGACCGGCGCGACAACAUCGUCGACCUGCUCUUCGUCAAGGACCUGGCCUUCGUCGACCCCGACGACUGCACCCCGCUGCAGACCGUCACCCGCUUCUAUCGCCGCCCGCUCCACUGCGUCUUCAACGACACGCGCCUCGACACGCUGCUCGAGGAGUUUAAGAAGGGGAAGUCCCACCUGGCCAUCGUGCAGCGGGUGAACAACGAAGGGGAAGGAGACCCGUUCUACGAGGUGAUGGGCAUUGUCACCCUGGAGGAUGUCAUUGAGGAGAUCAUCAAGUCCGAGAUCCUGGAUGAGACGGAUCUGUACACGGACAACCGCAAAAAGGAGCGUGUGCCCCACCGGGGCCGCAAGCCCCAGGACUUCUCCAUCUUCAGGCUCUCGGACAGCGAGAUGAAGGUGAAGAUCUCCCCCCAGCUCCUCCUGGCUACGCAUCGAUUCAUGGCGACAGAAGUGGAGCCCUUCAAGUCCCCCUACCUCUCCGAGAAGAUCCUGCUGCGGCUCCUCAAGCACCCCAACGUCAUCCAGGAGCUCAAGUACGACCGUAAGAACAAGAAGGCUGCCGAGCAUUACCUCUACCAGCGCAACCGCCCCGUCGACUACUUCGUUCUCAUCCUGCAGGGAAAAGUGGAGGUGGAGGUUGGCAAGGAAGGGCUGCGGUUUGAGAACGGGGCGUUCACCUACUACGGCGUCCCUGCCAUUAUGGCCAUCGUCUCCUCAGAUAGCGACGUGCGGAAAGUGAGCAGCCUGGCUGGGUCCUCCUUCCUGCUGCCUGUCUCGGUGUCCCGUACCUUCGCCUUCAGCAGAGGGGACUCCCUGGCUGGCUCACCAGUGAACCGGUCACCCUCGCGGUGCAGUGGGCUCAACCGCUCCGAGUCCCCAAAUCGGGAGCACAAUGACUACGGGGGCAGCACCACGCAGCUCUACAGCAGCAGCAACAACAUCUACACUCCCGACUACUCCGUGCACAUCCUCUGUGACGUCCAGUUUGUCAAGGUCACCCGGCAGCAGUACCAGAACGCACUGGUGGCCAGCCGCAUGGACAGCUCGCCCCAGUCCCCCGACAUGGAGGCCUUUGACAGGGACUCAACCAAGGCUUCGACCGCUCGGGGCACCCCGCAGACACCCAAGGAGGAUGCUACCGCCCUCCUGAACGAGAGGAACAGCAUCAUGUGCAGCCGGCCCGAGGGGCAGCGCAGUCCCAGCGACUCUGUGUGCCUGCGCAUGGAGGCCAUCCCCUUCAUCCAGGAGGAGCUGCCUGAGCACGAGGACAACAGCAAGCAGCAGGACAGGGAGUGCUGCGGCACCGGGCUGGAGGCAGAGUCCUCGGGCAGGGAGGCUGGGACCGGCUCCUCUCCCAGCAGCAACGAGGAGACCCUGGGCAAGAGGCUGCUGAGAUCGCUGAGUGGGCGCAGGCAACGCCAGUCUCCAGAAGGUGAGAAGGUGCCGGAGGAAAGCUCCAACCUCGCCCCGCUCAUCACCUGAGCAGCAGCGUGGCCGGAGCACGGUGCUGGAGGCCCAUGUGGACCAGAGGUCUGCAGCAUGGGGGUCUCCUGCCGCGAGGCUCACGUCCAACAGCAGCAGGUCUGCACUCGCUCGCUGCCCACCCGCCUGCCCGCGCCGCCCCUCCCUGCAGGCCCCAUCCCCAGGCGAGAAAGGAUGAGCCCCUGGGGGGGCCGAACCACCCAGGCGGCAGGGACCAGCUCACAGCAGCCCCGGGGCCCUCGCCCAGCUGCUGCCUGGUAGCAUCUGGUCCCGAGGAAGAGGUGGAGGAAGGAAAAGGGGAGAAGCGUUCCCUGCGGCAGCGCAGGGAGGGGCGGCCCGACCCGAACUGCCCUCAGCAUCAUUGCCCAUCCCCAUCCCCGCGAGGCCCGGAGCCCCUCGGUGCCGGGCGCUGCACGGACGUGGUCUCCGCCGUCAGGAGAAGAUGCUUUUUGGGGGGUGCCACGUGCAGCUCAGGGCCCCAGGACACGUUCGUGCCGUGCCCGGCGCCACACACAUCGCAGCACACGCUGACCAUCGCCGCAGCCCUCCCCGGGGGGGACGGCCGCUCCACGCCGCGCUCACCCGUCCUCCCCGUGAGGGAGGCUCGGGCCGAGCCCCCAGGGGGCACAGGCCAGGCCGUAGUUUUUGUAGAAGCUGACUGCAACGGGGAUAUCAGCAUUAAAGGUGAUUUCUCCCCGA